AUGUCCCACCAGAUCCGCCUUCCGGGAAGUGACUAUAUGCGCAGGAUCCAGUCCCCCGUGGGCCGCUCGCGAGUCUAUGAGCACAAGUCCUCUGCCGGCACCCGCGUCGCGCCUGAGCAGUGCUAUCGAGAGCCCUAUUGGGAUCUGAAACAGCCAGUGCUGACCAUUGCCGUCCGCAACGAGUGA